CAUUUGUCAGCCAGCUGACUUUAAAGGAUGCCAGCAGGUGUAUCGUGGCCAAGAUAUCUGAGGAUGUUUGCAGCCAGUGUGUUGUCAAUGUUUGCUGGAGCACAGGUUGUGCAUCAGUAUUACCGUCCUGAUUUAACCAUUCCAGAGGUCCCGCCGAAGCCUGGAGAACUGCAAACAGAGCUUCUCGGCUUGAAAGACAGACAGACAGAUGCAGCAUCUCAGAAACAAUGACCUGUUGAUUUGUUAUUCAUAACUAAUAGAUACACGCAUAUAGAUAUGAAAAAAAUAAUUUGAAGCCUAACUAAAAUGAUGCAUUUUUUUUAUUCUGUGAAUAAAGCAAUUUAUACAAACUU